AUGUUUGUGCCAAAACCUGAUAUGGGUGAUGCAUUGAUGCUACUGAUGGGACAGCUACAUGGAUACGAAAGCUGUAUUGAGAAAGAUAGGAACGCUUUGUUGGAGCUCAAGAAGUACUUGAUCUCACAGAGUAUACAAGAGGAAUCAAACUCUGUUCUCCCUACUUGGAGUAAUGACACAAAGAGCGAUUGCUGCCUUUGGGAGGGCCUUAAGUGCAGUGGUAUCAGCGGACGAGUCACCGAGAUUGCCUUUGGUGGAUUGAAGCUUAAAGAGAAUAUUCUCCUAAAUCUUUCUUUGCUGCAUCCUUUUGAAGAUGUCCAAAGUCUCAACUUAUCCAGUAACCAAUACAAUGUAAGCUAA